AAACCUGUCCGUGAGCCUUUGCGUUUCCUUUCUCCAGCCAGAACCUGAGAAUGGGUAUCUCCAGGGACAACUGGCAUAAGCGCCGCAAGACCGGUGGCAAAAGGAAGCCUUACCACAAGAAGAGAAAGUAUGAAUUGGGGCGUCCUCCUGCCAACACCAAGAUUGGCCCUCGUCGUAUCCAUACCGUGAGGGUACGUGGUGGGAAUAAGAAGUACCGUGCUCUGAGGCUUGACGUCGGAAACUUCUCUUGGGGAUCAGAGUGCUGCACUCGCAAAACCAGGAUCAUUGAUGUUGUGUACAAUGCCUCCAACAAUGAGCUGGUUCGAACGAAGACCUUGGUGAAGAACUGCAUUGUCUUGGUUGACAGCACCCCUUUCCGGCAGUGGUACGAGGCGCACUAUGCAACUCCCCUUGGCCGUAAAAAGGGAGCGAAGCUGACUCCUGAGGAAGAGGAGGUUCUAAACAAGAAGAGGUCCAAAAAGAUCCAGAAGAAAUAUGAUGAGCGCAAAAAGAACUGCAAGAUUAGCACCAUUCUUGAGGAACAGUUCCAGCAGGGCAAGCUGCUUGCUUGCAUUGCCUCAAGACCUGGUCAGUGUGGCAGGGCAGAUGGCUACAUCUUGGAAGGCAAGGAGCUGGAAUUCUACCUGAGGAAGAUCAAGGCCAAGAAGGGCAAAUAGAUGUACAAAGCUGUUUUCUUACAUCAAUAAAAACAUCUGUUAAAACUUUA